AUGGUUCAUAAUCAUUCUCGCCACAAAUCCCGCCACCAGCAACCAGACGACAACAACAACCCCGAUAGCAAUGACCUUCAGGAUACGGCGGUGAUGCUUCACUCUACGAAUGCUCGCAUGAGGGGCGCGUCGACUGCCAGCUUCGUCCGCCUGGCCAAGCAUCGAGCGCAGAGCCACCACCCUUAUCGCCUGCCGUCCCUGUCGCAUUCGAGAUGGCAGACCACCUCCGCAGCCGUCCAAGCGCCGCCUCACGAGCCCGCAUCUCCUCCCCCUCCAGUCCCGCGCAAAAAGAGCCUUGCCAUCGAGUCCGCGUCUCGGUUUAACGAGAUAAACGUCCAACAUGUCAGCGACUAUAUCUUCAAACAGAUUUUCCCGGGUGGUGCUAAACCCGCGCCGAAGGAGCUGGUGGAAUUGUCCAUUGGCCACCUGCGACGCCACGACCUCUACGGCAAAAACACCGACAACAACCCGCCGAUUGCCUUCGAGGUACCUCCGCUGCAGGGGCAAACGAUGGACGAGCACUUCCACAAACUCGGGCUCGAUUGCGCCGAGCCCUUCCUCUCGUAUGCCAAGGAGUUCGUGAGGCAUACUGACCCCUGCCGGCCGAGGGAAUGGGUGAGGCGAAGCGGUUGGACAAAGUAUUACCCCAACGUGGAUAAGCCGCCGGAGCCAGUCGACGUCCCGGAUGCGAAUAUGCUCUGCUUCGACGUAGAGGUUAUGUGGAAAGAACAUCCCUUCGCCGUCAUGGCCUGCGCCAUGAGCCCGACCCACUGGUACGCUUGGCUGUCGCCUUGGUUGCUGGGAGAGAGCGAAUCAGGCAAGCAUCUCAUCCCCCUGGGCGAUCCCACCAAGGAUCGUAUCAUCGUCGGCCACAAUAUCGGGUACGACAGGGCGAGGGUCCUCGAAGAAUACGACCUCAAGCAAACCAGGAACGCGUUUAUAGAUACCAUGUCGUUACAUGUGGCCGUCAACGGCAUGUGUUCGCAGCAGCGACCCACGUGGAUGAGGCACAAGAAGAACAGGGAGCUUCGCGAGAAGAUCUCCAAGGAGACGGACAACAUCGAUUUGGUGAGGCUGCUCUCCUCUGGCUACGAGGACGAAGAAGAGCUUUGGGUUGGGCAUAGCUCGGCCAAUUCUCUUCGUGACGUCGCCCAGUUCCACGUGAAAACCGCAAUUGACAAGGCGGCCCGAGAGCAGUUUGGGGAACUGGAUCGCCAGGGUGUCAGAGAAAAGUUGGACGACUUGCUGAAUUACUGCGCGGCGGACGUGGCGAUCGCCCACCGAGUAUAUCGGACCGUGUUUCCGCUCUUCCUCAACGUCUGUCCCCACCCUGUCAGCUUUGCCGCGUUACGACAUCUGUCCUCCGUCAUCCUCCCGGUCGACCGGUCGUGGGAUGCGUAUGUUGACAACGCGAAAGCGACGUACGACAAACUGUCCAACAGUGUACGGGACCGCCUGGUUUCGCUUGCGGAGAAGGCAACGGAAAUCAAGGACGACGCUGAUAAAUGGGGCAACGAUCCCUGGCUGAAGCAAUUGGACUGGUCCGGCCAGGAGAUCAAGAUGGCCAAAGGAAAGAAGAAGGGCGAUCCCCCGAGGCCGGUUUUGCGACAGAAGAAGCCGGGUAUGCCUAAGUGGUAUAAAGAUUUGUUUCCAAAGAGGGACGGCCCCAUGAACGUGACGGUCAGAUCUCGAAUCGCACCGCUUCUGCUGAGGCUUACGUGGGAUGGAUACCCUUUGGUAUGGACCAACAAGUACGGCUGGACUCUCCGAGUACCCUGUUCGGACAUGGCGAAAUACAACUCGACGCAACUUGUCCGAUGCGACUUUUCGGACGAACCGGAGGAACCACUCCACCAAGACUCGGACGGCGUCUACUUCAAACUCCCUCACAAGGACGGCCCGUCGUCGAGAUGUGUGAACCCGUUGGCCAAGAGCUACCUUAACUACUUCGAAACUGGAAUAUUAUCAUCCGAAUUUCCGCUAGCGAAGGAGGCGCUCGAUAUGAACUCGUCGUGCUCCUAUUGGAUCAGCGCUCAGGACAGGAUCGUGUCGCAAAUGGUCGUAUACGAAGGCGAUAAGGCCCAGGACGGGGUGCCCGCGGAAAGGCCCGAAAACGAGCUGGGCAUCAUUUUGCCUCAGAUUAUUCCGAUGGGAACUGUCACGAGGAGGGCGGUGGAAAAUACAUGGCUGACGGCGAGCAAUGCGAAGAAGAAUAGGGUCGGCUCAGAGUUGAAAGCGAUGGUCAAGGCUCCGCCGGGUUACUGUUUCGUCGGUGCCGAUGUUGAUUCUGAAGAGCUCUGGAUCGCUAGCGUUGUGGGGGACGCCACCUUCAAGCUCCACGGCGGUAACGCGAUCGGCUUCAUGACCCUAGAAGGCACCAAGGCGGCAGGCACCGACCUGCAUUCUCGCACUGCCUCCAUCCUAGGAAUCACGCGCAAUAACGCCAAGAUCUUCAAUUAUGGCCGAAUCUACGGUGCCGGGCUCAAAUAUGCCGCUACGCUACUCAGGCAGUUCAACCCUAGCCUUUCCGAGGAGGAAACUCUGAAUAUCGCCGGAAAGUUGUACACGAAGACGAAAGGCACGAGGACGAACCGGAAAUCGCUCUGCAAGCGACUGUUCUGGAGAGGCGGGACCGAAUCGUUCGUCUUCAACAAGCUCGAGGAAUUCGCAGAAAAUGAACACCCACGAACCCCGGUGCUCGGAGCCGGCAUAACCGAGGCGUUGAUGGGCAAAUAUGUUAGAAAGGGCGGCUACCUUACUUCCCGCAUCAAUUGGGCGAUUCAGUCGUCCGGCGUGGACUAUCUCCAUCUCCUAAUCGUUUCCAUGGACUACCUAGUCCGGCGGUUUAAUAUCAACGCUCGCCUCGCCAUCAGCGUCCAUGACGAGAUUCGCUACCUCGUCAAGGACGAAGACAAAUACCGAGCUGCUAUGGCUCUCCAAGUCUCCAAUCUCUGGACCCGAGCAAUGUUCUGCCAGCAGGUUGGCAUCGAGGAUCUCCCGCAAUCGUGUGCCUACUUCUCCGCGGUGGAUAUCGAUCACGUUCUCCGCAAGGAAGUGGACCUAAAUUGUGUGACGCCUAGCCACCCGACGCCUAUACCGCCUGGCGAGAGCUUGGACAUGAUGCAGCUACUCGAGAAAGGAGAUGAGGCGUACCUUGAUCCGAAAACGAUACCCGCCAAGUACCCACCGAACUUCGAGGGUAUUGAUUAUACACCCAGGACACCCGUGAUGGAAACCCUCAACGGACCUUUCAACCCCAAGGACCUCUGGUUCCUGAAGGCCCAGAUUACGGAUAGCGAAGAUGAGCUAAACGAGAUUCUGAAAGCACAAAGGAAGGCGAAUUCUAGCGCGUCGGGCGCAGAAGCCGCAAAGAAGCCUAAGCCGAGCAAGAUAUUUCCAUACACUUCGCAGCCCAAACUGAUACCGCAGAUAUACCGACCAUUUGGCCCUAAAUUCACGAGUGGCCCUAAAUUCACGAGUGGCCCCAAAUUCACGAGUGGCCCUAAAUUCACGAGCAAGCCGAGGGAUACAAGCCGCUUCAACCAAGAGCAGUGGAUCUUCGAGAGCAUGCCGCCCGCUCCGGCGAAGCCCACCGGCUCUAGAGCAUGA